ACGGGUGAACGCCAUCAGCCAUCAGCAUGCCAUCACUACUGGAAGCAUUGGAAAGAAAAUAUUUCACCGAUUGUCAAUUAGAGAAUUUGAACGGCGACGACACAGCUGCUGAGGCAGAAAAGGGCCUUAUAUCCAUCUACAUACCGCGCUUGCCACCGCUACUCUGCGUGCCCGAGUUGUUGGUAUUGAACGACUGUGACAUUGACUGUGCGGGUGAUUUCGAAGCCAUAAAAGAGAAAUGUCGCCGCGUACGUGAACUAGAUUUGGCGCAGAAUAAGCUAAAUGACUGGCAAGAGGUCUUCCAUAUACUCGAACACAUGCCGCGCGUGGAGUUCCUCAAUUUGAGCAAAAAUCAUUUGGUCGGUCCAAUAUGCAAUCCCUCCACGUUGCCGACGAAUAGUCUUAAAAGUAUGGUGCUAAAUGGUACUUACCUGGACUGGCCAAGCGUAGAAGUGUUGUUGGAUAAUUUGCCAUUGUUAGAGGAAUUACAUUUGAGUUUAAAUGACUACAAAGAAGUGCUCAUUGAUUCGAUUGAGUUUGCCGAGCGUGAUGAAGAUGUGGCUGGGGGAGAGGUGGUAAGCGUUGCGCAUGCAGAUGGCGAGGUUACCGAGCGCAACGAGCGUAACGACAACAAACAAAGUGAUUCACACAAUUUAACCGCCACAACAGCGGCAGCGGCAGCGUCAGCAGCAGGGACGACAGCAGCUGAGGCACCAGAAACAGAGAGAGAGAUAGAAACAGAAACAGAAACAGAAACGCCAGCAACACCACCGCCAACACCAACUUCACCCACAGGCAGCUAUACAGAAUCGAAACGCAAGCGUAUACGACCACAUAGAAAGUUGAAAACGUUACACUUCACCGGCAAUCCAGUCGAAAGUUGGCUCGAGAUUUGCCGCUUGGGACGCGUUUUUCCCAGCCUCGAAAAUUUGGUGCUCGCCGACUGUCCCAUCAAAGCCAUACAGGCCAAUGUAGGCAAUAGCGGGAAUGGCAGCAGCACAACCGCCGCCGCCAACAACAACACCGACGAAGACUGCACAACCGCCUGCGAAGAUGAUGUCGAAAUGUCCAACAAAGCUGAAUGUCCGCACAAGCAUUUUCACAAUUUGCUCUUUCUCAAUCUCAGCUACUCGAACAUUAGCGCCUGGGACGAUAUCGAUCAGAUUGCGAAAUUCCCGAAAUUACGUAAUUUACGCGUAAAGAAUUGGCCACUCUGGGAGCGACUCGAGUGUACCGAACACGAACGUCGCCAGCUGCUAAUCGCACGUUUGCCGAAUGUGUGCCUACUCAACGGUGGCGGCGUGAUCAGCGCGGACGAACGCGAGGAUGCAGAGCGCGCUUUUAUACGCCACUACAUGGACAAACCGGAUUGGGAGCGACCCAAGCGCUAUGAUGAACUGGUAGCUAAACAUGGCAAGCUGGAUCCGUUAGUUGACAUAAAUCUUAAGCCUGAUAAACGCCUAAAAGUAUUCAUUACAUAUAGGGAUAAAACGGAAACACGUUUGCUCGAUGUCUAUUGCACAGUGGCCGAUCUGAAGACGCGGUUAGAGAAGUUAAUCGAUUUGCCGUCGAACAAAAUGCGUUUGUACUAUGUAGAUCAAGACUUUAAAGAAUUCGGACCAGAACUAAUGAAGUAUCCAAAUAAGCGUUUAUAUAGCUAUAACAUACAAGCGGGUGAUGAAAUCAUAAUCGAUGAGAAAAAAUAGGUAUUUAAGUUUAAUGAAAAGAAAAAUAAAAAAUUUAAAUUAAAGCAAUUACAAAACGCGUUACGACUAAAUGCAUCAAAGAUGCGAUGCUUUUAAUUAUACUACAUACAUAUGCACAUAUAUGUAUGUAGGUAGGACAAUGUAAAUAUUUUAUAAAGUUAGUAAACAAGAACUAUAUAGUUUAUAAUGUAUCUACCUUGUAAAAGAAAACAGCGCUAUUUACGAAACAAACUACUGUGGUACACGAGCGUGCUAUAUGAUUAUGUGCAUAUGUAUGAAUUGUACGAGUAUGUACGUAAUAUAUAAAUAAUAACAAUAAAAUA